AAGGAGUCUGGCUCGGUCAGUAAGACAACAUGUGGGAGGGAACUCACACAUCAUAAAAGGCUUGCUAACAUCCUGCGCAUUACUCGCGCCCGCAAAGCCACGAACCCGCGCGAUAAGGUCUAUGGGAUAAUGGGUUUAAUGAGCCGACAUGAUAUAGCCAGCCCAGGUCUCGUAGUGGGUUACAGCCUUCCUGUUCUAGAUGUGUACCUCUCAGCCUGCGUUGCAUGCAUGGAAGUUCAAGGAGCUCAUGCAAACAUCACAUUUCUGCAAGACGCUGGCUCAAUGGCGAUAACCAACCAGGAGAGGCCACAUGCUCGGGUCACCACAGAAGGAGAGUAUUGGCCGUCUUGGAUCCCAGACUGGACGGAAGCGUUACCAACAUCAUCGGGUCUACUGAUGGGAUGCCUACAAGCCGACGGUUCUUCAGUCUCGAAAGGAAGAGCAUCAAAUGCGACUAUUUUCGCACAACAUGAGCACAAUUGGGCGGGUGGAAAAAGGUCCUUGCCUACGGGUUCAGGGAAUACGCGUUUUGACAGGCCAAGGCUUUAUCCCCCGUCGUGGCAACGGCUCGUUCAGCGACUACUAUGACCUUCUGGGCAAGGUUCAUUCCUUGUACUGCAACACAUCGUUGUCUACCCAACACGCGUAUUCGUAUGUCGCGAGCCCGCAUAUACAUCCCCGGCGAGAUGAUCAAGCAUUGCCUCAAGUCACUAGCAUUUGGUUAUAUAUCAAAGAUGAUCUAACUUCUCCGGACUGUGAUUUGGGGAAAGUCAAUGCUGGAAUCGAGUCUGCAAUAGGACACAGUAUGACAGGCGAACCAAUUCCUCAUAGGAUGCAUGGCAGAAUGGAACUCGAUGUUUCCGAAUCUCUCGACCAAAAGCUAGAACAGGUCGGGUGUCUCGCCAAAGACGGAAAGGGAAGUUCGAAUUUCAAGUGUUUCGUGAGCACGAUUGGCUUCAUGGGCCUCGCCAUUCCUAACGCGCAGCCAGGAGACGAGAUUGUCCUCUUGUUGCAGCUUUAG